AACACCUGUGUAGUGAAAUUUCAUAAUGGCCGCCGAAACUUACGGACAUCGUCUUAUGUAUACCGAAAAGGAUAUUUUCCCAACUGAUGUAAUGUUGGAAUACUCUACUGAAGAAUGUUACUUGGCCUGGCCUAGGUCGCCCGACUCUGGCCGGUCAAGUUUGGAGCCUACACCAUCUAUGGACGGGAGCAAUCAAGAAUCAAAUCACAUAGCUUAUAGAGGAUUAUCAAACGAUCUAGUUCUAGAAGACAGUUCUGAAGACGUGGAAUUAGAAGGCUCUGGGAAAAGAAGAGGCAGAGCAACCAGUCAAGCUGUAUUAAGAAGGAGACGCUUAGCUGCAAACGCAAGGGAAAGGAGAAGGAUGCAGAAUUUGAACAAAGCUUUCGAUAGACUCCGUGGACACCUACCUUCGCUUGGUGCUGAUCGUCAACUGUCCAAAUACGAGACCCUGCAAAUGGCGCAAACUUACAUAGCAGCUUUAUAUGAACUUUUACAAUAAUUUGGUAUGUCUAGUUUUCUUUAAUAUUUUAGUAGGUUAUGUAA